AUGGGCGAGCCAAGGACCGAAGUUUUCGAGUCGACUGCGCUGGCUUCGCUCCACACCGAUAUUGAGCACGAUUCUGCUGCCAUCAAGACACCCGAUGAGGACAAGUCAAGUGAUCCGGAUGUGGUCGAUUUCGAGCGAGAUGACCCUGCCAAUCCGAGAAACUGGUCGACAGGAAAGAAGUCCUUCAACCUUACGGUCGUGUCCUUGAUAACACUCCUCUCACCAACCACCUCUACCGUCUCUUCUCCGAUAUCUCCUGCCAUCAUGAAGCACUUCAACACAACAAAUGAGAUGGUCGGAGCUUUUGUAACUACAGUAUUCUUGCUUGGCUACGUAUUUGGUCCUUGUAUCAUUGCACCCAUGUCAGAGAUGUACGGCAGAGCUAUUCUUUACAAGGUCUGCAUCGUGCUUUUCAUUGUCUUCAAUGUGGCUUGUGCCUUGGCACCUAGUAUGGGAACUCUCAUCAUUUUUAGACUGCUUGCUGGCAUCAUGGGUUCCUGCCCCAUCACACUUGGUGCCGGCUCGGUCGCCGAUAUGACUACAGCUGAAAAGCGAGCCGGAGCCAUGUCAGGCUACGUGAUUGGCACUAUUCUAGGUCCUUCGCUUGGACCAAUCAUCGGUGGAUACGUGAGCCCUGAUAAAGGAUGGCGGUGGGCAUUUUGGCUCAUGGCUAUUCUCUUGGGUGCGAUAGCAAUUCCGGUGAUGUUACUUGCAGAGUCGUACCCUUAUGUGAUCCUGAAACGCAAGACAGAGAAGUUGCGCAGUGAGACCGGAAAUAUGCAUCUACGGUCAGCAUUGGAUACCGGCAAGACACCACGUCAGCUGUUUGCCUUCUCCAUCUGGCGUCCACUGAAAAUGCUCAUGUCACCGAUUGUGUUCUUGCUAUCGCUCUAUUGUGCGCUCGUCUACACCUUUCUUUACCUGUGUUUCACCACUUUCCCGGUACUUUUAAACGAUGAGUACCGAUUUGGAAGUGGGCCGUCGGGCCUGGCGACUCUGGGGUUGGGAGUUGGUUCUAUUUUGGGGCUAUUUAUUUCCGGUGGCAGCUCAGACAAGAUCUCCAAGUAUUUGACUAAGAAGCAUGGAGGAGAGGCCAAGCCAGAGUACCGACUCCCCGUGCUGAUUAUCGGUGCCUUCUUCACACCCAUUGGUCUGUUCUGGUACGGAUGGACAGCAUACUACCACACUCACUGGAUUCUUCCUAUCAUUGGCACAGGAUUUAUUGGUGCCGGAAUGCUUAUUGCCUUUAUGGCCACCACUAUGUACGUCGUCGAUGCCUUCACGAUGUAUGCAGCCUCAGUGACGGCCUCAAACGCCAUCUUUCGUUGUCUCUUUGCAGCUUUGAUCCCACUAGCUGGCCCUUCUAUGUACACAAAAUUAGGCUAUGGCUGGGGAAAUUCGCUCUUGGGGUUUCUUGGUGUCGCUUUCAUACCGGUUCCCGUGAUUUUCUACCGCUACGGCGAGCGCAUUCGCAAAUCCAAGAUGUUCAACGUUGAGUUCUGA